AUCCUCGAGCGCGUCCUCUUUGGUAUGCAUGUCUACUACAUUGAAGAGCACGUGCUCGACAUUGAGACGCCGGCGCUCGAGUCGUUCAAGCCCGAGGAAAAGCCGCUUGAGCACAUUGACCCUGCCGAGGCCUACAAGGCGCCGGGUGCGUACAUGAAGGCGGCCAUUAUGCGCAUCUCGAUGGUCGCCAUCUGCUCGGUGGUCGCGGUCAUCUGGAAGGACCAUUUGAACGCGCUCAUGGACUUUGUCGGCGCGUCGACGUCGUGCAUGGUGUGCAUGAUUCUGCCCAUCGUCUUUUACCUCAAGACGUUUUGGCCCACGGUCUCGGCGCCCGAGAAGGCCUUUGGCAUCCUCUGCAUUGUCAUCUCGAGCUUCCUCGCCGUGUACGUCUCGAUCAACACGGGCAAGGAGCUCUUCGCGCCGACGCACCCGGACCCGACGAUCCUCUUCCCGCUCUGCCCGGCCAAGUACCAAAAGGUCGUCUUCACCAACACGACACACUACUCGGUCGCUCGUGCGCUCUUCGAGUACUAA